CCAAAGUAACCAACCAACCAACUCCGAAAUUAUUUCAAGAAAUCAGGAGAGAAUUUUAUGAACGUGUGUAGAAAGAGGUAGUUUAAAAACAAUGGAUUACAAAUAUGAACAGACUAGUGAAGUAGAAGCUCUAGAUUCAAUUUAUUGUGGUGAUAUGCAAAUUUUAGAAACCAAACCCUUUCAUAAGUUCAGCAUACCUAUAAAGUCUGAAGGAUACGACGAUGGAGAGGGUCUGGCGUGCAAUCUGAUAUUUACAUACACGGCGAAGUAUCCCGAGGAGUUACCAAUCAUUGAACUAGACAAUGAAGAUAAUUUCGACGAUUCUGUACACAAAAAUGAACUACUUGAACAUUUAACACAACAGGGUACAGAAAAUCUUGGCAUGGUGAUGAUAUUCACAUUAGUAUCAGCCGGCCAAGAGUGGCUCAAUGAGAAAUGGGAUUAUAUAAAAAAAGAAAGGGAAGAAAGAAUUCUAGCAAAACUAAAAGCUGAUGAAGAAGCUGAAUUGAAACGUUUUGAAGGUACCAGAGUAACUGUUGAAUCGUUUCUAGCAUGGAGAAAGCAGUUUGAAAUUGAUAUGGGAAUACCUGCGAGGAGAGAAAGGGAAGCUAAGGGAAAGGAUAAGUUAACUGGCAAAGAGUUGUUCUUGAUAGAUACUACACUUAACGAAUCUGACUUGAAAUUCCUGGAUGAUGGUGAUGCAGUCAAAGUUGACGAGUCUCUAUUCCAAGAUCUAGAUGAUUUGGAUAUCUCCGAUGAAGAAGAUGAAGAUUACGUUCCUGGACAAAGUGGUAGUGAGAGUGAUUAGCACAAAGCUACUCACUGCGUCAAUGGACAGCAGUGACAAUUCUGCAAAGACAGUAUAAAUAUAAGUGGCUUAUUGCAGCUCUGUGUGCAUUUUAAGAGCUAUGAAUCACAUGAAUAGCAAUGAUUUGUAUUAAUUGCAAAGUAUAUUUGUGCCUCAAACCGAGUUUUUACAUAGCUAGUGAUUAGGAUCACUGAAGCAAUAAUAUUAUUUAUUUAAAUUUUUAUCCAUCAUUAGCAUCAGUUACACACAAACAACUGUACAUAUUGGCCCUGAGAUUUCCAUUGUUACUACUGUAGAUUUGUAUGCAUAAUGUUACUGGUUAACUAAAUACUCUAAUAUUAUUGUUUACAAUAAAACAGAACAUACUGUAGAA